UGGUGUGCCUAAAAACGCAACCCCUAUUCUUCGUUCCUCUGCUCUGUGAGUACUCUAUCCUGGCUUUAUGUCCAGAAUCCUUCGGUAUCCUCAUCUUGCUGGGCCUUUGGCUCGCUUGCCCGACUGUUUUAAGAAGCAGUGGCUGGCACUCCAUCGUGUGAAACACGUAGAUCAUCUCUCCCUCAGUCCUCCCAUUGUGGAUAGAAGCAUUUCUUUGCCAUACUACACACCUGGAUUUUCUUACGAUAUUCCGCCCAAAACUGUUCAUCCACCGGAAGCAGAUAGGUGUCUUUGGAAUGGUGAUGAAAUUCUGAGUGGUUAUGUGCGCAAAAAUGAAAAGUCACAAAUGUACUUACUAUCUUUUCUCAAAUGUCGUGUCUUCCAGUCACCCGAUGUUUUGGGGUCCGAAACUAUACCAGCAAAUGUUUUUUAGUGAAAUAUUAAACCGGUGGAUGAUUCUAAUUGUCUCCGAGUCAGCUCUGCUAGAAAUCGAGCGCCUAGGUUCUCUUGAUGUCUACAUCCUUUCCACACCGAUUGAUAAACUUGGCAGCAGACUGGGAUCCCACUUGAAGAGGGAUAUGUUGUUGAAGCUUUGCGAUCUCUCCGAAUCCUCAACCAAUGUAGUGGAUGAUCUUGUGGCCAAGUACGCAAAAUUCAUAGUGCCU